GCUGCCCCGACUGACGACAGCGGAAGGGGAGUGGCGGGGCUCCGCGCCCGCAGGCGGGAGGCGGCGGAGACGCUGCGCCGCGAUGUCCGCGAGGUGCUGCGCCGGCCAGUUGGCCUGCUGCUGUGGUACUGCUGCUUGUUCCCUGUGCUGUAAAUGCUGCCCCAAGAUAAAACAGUCAACCAGCACCCGCUUCAUGUAUGCGCUUUACUUCAUCCUGGUGACUAUCAUCUGCUGCGUCAUGAUGUCAACAACAGUAGCGAAUGAAAUGAAAACGCACAUUCCCUUCUACAAGGAGCUGUGCAAGGGUAUUCAGGCGGGUGAGAUGUGCGAGAAGUUGGUUGGAUACUCUGCGGUGUACAAAGUCUGUUUUGGAAUGGCCUGUUUCUUCUUCUUGUUCUCUUUGUUCACCAUCAAAAUUAACAGCAGUAAAAGCUGCCGAGCAUACAUCCAUAACGGAUUCUGGUUCUUUAAACUUAUACUGCUGGCAGCGAUGUGCUCAGGAGCCUUCUUCAUUCCUGAUCAGGACACUUUUCUCAAUGCCUGGCGCUACGUAGGAGCAACAGGAGGUUUCCUUUUCAUUGCCAUUCAACUCAUCCUGCUUGUUGAGUUUGCGCACAAAUGGAAUAAAAAUUGGACUGCAGGUGCAAACCACAAGCAGAUGUGGAAUGGAUUGCUCGCCCUGGUCACUCUCAUCUUGUAUUCCAUUGCUGUGGCAGCCCUGGUCCUCAUGGCUCUUUUCUACACACACUCAAAAGGCUGCAUGUACAACAAGGUCCUGAUCGGUGUUAACGGUGGCCUGUGCCUCUUUGUGUCACUGGUGGCCAUAUCACCCUGUGUCCAGGAUCGUCAGCCCCAUUCUGGUUUGCUCCAGUCAGGAGUUAUUAGCUGCUAUGUUAUGUACCUGACUUUUUCAGCACUAUCCAGCAAGCCGCCAGAGACUAUCCUGGAUGAAAACAAUCAGAACAUCACAAUCUGUGUACCUGAAUUUAGUCAAGGCCUGCACAGAGAUGAAAACCUGGUUACUGGCCUGGGUACUACCAUUUUAUUUGGCUGCAUUUUAUAUUCUUGUUUGACCUCAACAACACGUGCAAGUUCAGAGGCACUGAGGGGAAUAUAUGCAGCACCUGAAACUGAAGUAGCUCGUUGCUGCUUUUGCUGCGUGCCUGAUGGAGAUGCUGAUGCUGAAGAGCACGUUGAAAAAAGAGGAGGCCAGGCUGUAUUUUACGAUGAGAAGAAAGGCACGGUGUACAGUUAUGCGUACUUCCACUUCGUUUUCUUCUUGGCUUCGCUGUAUGUGAUGAUGACAGUAACUCAUUGGUUCCAUUACGAAAGUGCUCAGAUUGAAAACUUCUUCACCGGAACCUGGUCCAUCUUCUGGAUUAAGAUGGUCUCCUGUUGGUGUUGUGUCUGUCUGUACUUAUGGACUCUAAUUGCUCCACUCUGUUGCCCAACCAGAGAGUUCUCAGUGUGAACACUAACGAGGUUCUUCUGUGUUUUUCUUUUUCUUUUUUUUUCCUGUUACAAAUAAAAUUCAACAGUCAUUUAGUAACGAGGAAACUCCUGUUGCCCACUUAUCAUGAUGUACCAGUUAGUAACUUUUUUGUCAGACUAAACGAAUGAUUGGAGACUUUUUUUACCUUUUUUUAAUUGUCAUGUACAUUGCCCAAGGGAACAAAUCUGUUCCAAAACUGUGACGCUGAUAUGUGGAGUGUAGAAAACACAAUUGUUGUAUGAACUGGAAGUGAAAUGCUUUUCCAAUAACUGACAAUCUUUCUCAGGCUUCAUUGGCAAGAAAAGAAAAAAUCAUGGUGCAUAUGUGUCUUCUUCCUUCCUGUGAACGCUGUGUAUCUUCUGGCAAAUACGCGUUCCUUUUUAUACUCUUUUUUUAACUCUUUUACAGUUUGCAGUGAUGAUUUGGAUUGCUGUUUUGUACAGCAUAUAAUUCUUCUAAGUAAUAUCCAGAUAAUUUUUUUCUGAAAAUGUAGCUAAAUACUUAUGUAGAAAUAGAGAAUAUGUAAGAAUUUGACUACCAAAGCAUCUACUAAAAAUUGUUUAUCUAAAUAUUAAAUAUAUUAAGUUAUUGUAUAACUGGAUUGAGAAAGGAAUGUACCAAUGAUAAUAGAGUAUUUAUUCUGUUAUAACUUUAAAAGGCAUCCGAAUAUUAUAUACAAUUCAGAUCUGGUCCAGCUGUUAACAGAAAGGGAGUUAUACACACAAAUUCUUUAACUCUAAAUUUUGUCCAACAUUACUUUGCUAACUCGCUUAAACUGCAAGUUGUGUUUACUGUACAGGAGUUUCAAGAUAUGGUACAUUCUUUAUUCAGAAUGUUGUUUGCUGUUGAGAAAAUGCUAACUACAAGAACAUUGCCAGUUGCUGGUAAAUUUAAAAGUGGAGUCCUCCAUUAGUUUUCUACUCUGCUGUUUCAACUUAUGUCUAAAGGUCUCCCAGGAUCUUCAGUUCUGUUUCCAUUACUAAGUGUAUACUACUUUAAAUGCAGUGAUGGUCAGAAAAGGCACAUAGUGUGUCAUCUUCCUUUUCUGCCCGUGUGUUGGUUGGAAAGUAUUCUUUCUAAUUUUUGUACUACUCUGUUGAUGUUAAUUUUGCUCUCUAGAUGGGACUUAGCCAACCAAUCCAUUAAUUAAGCUUGUUGUGGAGACCUCCUCUUCCAAGCAGUGGGGUAAGGAGUCAGAAAAACAAAACCAGAAGACACAAAUGUAACAGCAGUUACUUUAGUAUAAGUGACUGGCUUGACAAUAUUAAACUCUACCGUGUCACUUCUAUUUGCUUUAAGUAGAUGAUUUGGUGGCAGAAGACAGCUCAGAGACCCUAAAUGCUGAAUAAGGUUGAACCCACUGAGUUAUCUACAUUACAGUGGGAUGAAUUUAUGAUACAUGCUAGUCCCAGAGGUUUUAGCUUCUCUGUCUACAUGUAUCUACACACAGAUACAGUGUGAAGUAUGCAGGAUAGAAACAAAAUCAACUACUUUGGCAGUUCUUUUUUUUUGAAACAUGAUUGAGCCUUAGGUCUUCAUGCAACGCUUUUUGCAAAACAAAGAAAAGCACAACAUAGAGGCCAAGAGAUGGCCAAAAUAUUUGCAUGCCUUAUUUGUUCUGUUGCAAUAAUUGAUGGUUAAUGCAAACCUGGUGAGAAAUCCUAAAGUAACAGAUCUCAGUUUUGCUCUUAGUUUUCGUUACCAUUUUGCUAUUUUAUUCUGGAGCCUCUGCCCUGCUUGGAGCUUGCUAGGGAUGUGAUCUUCCCAGCCACGUGCAUCCUUACCUCAAACUAAAUUAACAAGUCUGCAGUCCUGUAUACUUAUACCACCUACCCCUGUGAUUAGGAACAUCAUCUGUCACAAGAUCUGAGGGGAGGAGUGAGUAGUCUGUCCAGAGGUGACUCUUGCUGCUCAUCUUAGUGCCUAGGGGAAAAACGGUUGAAACUUAGCUUUGACAUUGAGUUAGAAAAGCAACAAAUAGCUCUGGAGAGGGAGGCAGGUUUUUUUCCUUUCCUUUUGCUGCUUCUGGGAGGUUCUGAUCUUACUAAGAGCUCUGCUAGCAUGGGGUCCUGUCAGUAUGUCCCUGCCUGCAUUUGGAGUCCAGCCAUGCGGAUCCUUCUGCAGCAGAAAAAGGCCUUUGUUAAUCUAUUCACAAUAGAGCUCUAGAGAACAAGGCAUGCACUGUGUCAAGUUGUAAGGCGGGGAAUGGUUACUCUUCUCUGGUUCUGACAGCAGGCAUCCAAAUCACAAACGUGGAUGAUCUUAAUUAUGUAUCUUGUCCAAUGGAUUUUCUUAUUUGUUCAUGAACAUACUUAUUUUAUGUAGGCGUUAUCUGCCUGCAUAAGGACUUCCUGCACCUCCUUGUGCUCUUUUUUUUAUUAUAGUUUAUUUUUAAGGAAAUAGGUUUUGCACAGAGAAAGCAGGGUUGUAAGAGUAAAGUCAACAGUGAGGCAUGAGACCAUUCUUCUUAUAUGGCACUCGCCUCACUGGUUUGCUCUGUCAUCUGUCCCUUCCACCAGCUAUUGACGUUAUGCAUCUAGACCUGUGGUAUACGUGGGGUAGUAAGGGGGCAGUGCCUGACUACACUGCUUUGUCUGCUUCUGGGCAAGCGUUCUGAGAAAAGAUCCUGAAAAUAACUAUGACUCAUGUGUCCAUGCUGUGGCCCCAGAUCCAGCUGUGGAUCUCCAGGCCUUUACAAGCAAUCAGUAACUGGUGGCACUUGGGUGUGCAAAGCCUCUAGUUCCUUGGUAAAGCACAGCUUCCUGCUGGCCAGACAAAUGUUACAGCCUUACUGUUCACUGUAAAAUCUGUACUGUGAAUUUCCAUGUGCCACAGUUUAAUAAAAUCGUUGGUUAGGGUAUAAGUUUCAAAUGCCCAGUUCAUAGAUUCCAAACAGUUAAUGCAAAUGGGCUUUUAAAAUCUUUUUAAGAAGUGCCUUUAUUCCUGCUGCUGUGGUAGCUAAUAAUUCAGGUGGCACUGGAAGUGGAAGACCUGAACCGAGUCUGUGACUGGGUGAUGCUGCCUUGUACAUUAUACCAAGACACAGUCAGACCUGUGCUGCAUGUGGAACACCCAAUAAUCUGUGCUUGACAAACCUAUAGGGGUGACGUUUAUUCAGAUAUUACAGUGCAGUGGAAGAUGCGCUUGAAAAACUCAGAAAUAGCCUGAUGCUAAUGUAAAUAAGUGAGUAGUUGUUGCUCACUUUUAAAUUUAAACUGUAAACAGUUAACUUUCUCUCCAGGUACCUGAAAGUGCAGGUAACUGCUAUGUUUGAGGCAAUUAGUUUUGUUGUGUCUUUCCUGCCUUGUGCCACCAUUGUUGGCUGAAUUCUUUUCCUUGAUCUGAGUGAGCACUGCAGUAUUUCUGGCUCCUAUUAUUUUUGGACCGUGUGAAGUGAGGAAGCUGUUAUUACAAAGACAGGAAGACUAGAGAACAUGUCCUGUGCUAACUUUCUUCUAGUUAAAUUUGAAUUUGAACUAAUGCAAUCAUUCAGUGGAUUCUUGGAGGAACAGACCACGUUAGCAGAAAUUAGUUCUGCUGGGAAGGUGAAACGAUUUUACUGAUGUUUUCCUACUUUUUCAGAUUUGCUAUCUUAAGAAAGUUUAUUUGGAACCUCACUGUUGCACUGCUAUCAGAGAUGGGAACAAUGUUAGUUUUUUUUCAAGAAGGCAACCGAGAGCCACAAUCGUGACUGGUUCUUGUUUGGGGUGAAGUCUUGUUUGGGGAUGGACUUGGAGAGCAGGUCUCUGAAUCCAAAUAGCUGGACUAACAAAUGAGACAUAAAACCUUACGAAGAACGUGUGGAAAGCAGAUGGAUAUGCUUCUUUGCUGUUUACCACCUAAUUUGUUAAAGUUGCAGGCAGCCCUUGCAGCUGGAUGCCAACUAAGGAACACCACUGUGAUCACACAUCAGAGUUAUUGCACGUCUGUGGGCUCUUAGCUUUGUACUUCAAGCAUUUCUGUGAGGUUCAAAAAGCUCGUACUUGCCCAGCUGAUUUGGUAAUUCUGGCUGGGUUGGGCCACUUUCAUCCAAAACGGGUAAUUCAGUUUUGCUAAUGUAUGCGUAGUCCAAAGAGAGGGCUUGUCCUCUCAGAAUCAUGAACACUGCAUGUCUAUUUAUUUAUUUAUUUUGUGUUUUAGCACCUUUUUACAAAUCUAGAAGCGCUUUGAGAUUAUAAUCUAUGCAUCUGUAACUGCUUCAUCAGCCACUGGUGCAGCAAUUUUGGGCCUAGGAUGUUGGUAUUAAUGAAGUGAUCUUUGCACUUGUGAAAAAGCUGGUUUUUAACAGUCCUCUGGUUUUGUCCAAUGCAUCAGAAAAAAUUGGGAACUCAAGAUGGUGCUGCUUGAACUUUGGCUAGCGGCCCACAGUGCCAUGGGGAUCUCUGAACAGAUUGGUAACAAAUCCACUGACUGUUUUGAAAACGUACUAUGAAGAUUUAAACUGUUAGGCUUUUCUCCUAAAUAAUUUGAUGAAGCAAAAUACCACAAGACUGUAUCUGUGGCUAGAUGAGCAAGAUUAUCUGCAGCUAGAAUUUUGCUCUCAUCUUUAUUUCCAGGCUUUAGAAGCAAUAUCUUUUACUUGCAGGCUGUAUCUCCUCAUUUUAUUUGCCUUUUUCUCCUUGGGCUUGUUUCUUAAAGGCAUUGUAAACCUGCUUCACUCUCAUUCUCCUUCCUGUCAAGUGGGAUGUCUUUGGUGCUAGAAACCAGCAAAGACUUCUUUGCCAGGUCUUGUCGAUCCUUUCUGUUUUGUAGCAGGACAAACCUGCAGUGUUGAAGCAAAGUCAAGGAUCAUAAUGUCUUACAUAGAUAAGAUUUCCUCUGCGAAAACUGCAUCUUUGUUUUCUGUAGUGGCCUACAAGUUCUUGUGGGGGGGAAAUGCAUAAUCAGCGCCGUGACAUUUUACUUUGUGUUUUCAAUUUUGUAAACAGUAGUUUGAACUGAGUAUUUCACAUGACCGUACAAGGGAAUGCCAAGCGGUCAAGUGCUUAGAAAGCUUUGGCUUUUUGUACUUGUACGUAGCUUGGGAACUGGUAUGUCUCUGCAUUUUUCAACCUUCUGACAGCAGAAUGCCUGAGUACCCCAGGAUGGGGAUGCGGAUACACUACACAGGCUUUGAGGUAGAAACUUUGGGAGAUUGGCAUGUACGGUGGCUUUCUAAUGCCUAAAAAAAGUAGUAAGUUUCAAGUAUCCUUAAGUCCAGUUUUGUUUUUUUUUUUUCUCUCAGACUUGGUUUCAACUCACUCUACACCUGUCCAAUGAUGAUAUUUUUUAAAAGUUGGAAUUUAUUUCAGAUAUAAGCCAUGUUGGCUUCUCCCCAUUUGCCAGUCUCCUGAUAGCUCUCAGUGCUGUAGUGUACAGCUGUUUGCACAAACUUCCUUUGGAGCCACAGUCGUCACCUUUGAAACUGUUCCAGCAGCUUAAAGCUUCUAGGGCUUUUGCUCGCCAGAGCUGUGGGGUGCAGCUCUGCAGCCGCACUUUUGCCAAAGAAGCCUCAGUGUGAAGCCAAGAAUAAUUCUGGAAACCUAAUGGGGAUAUUAUGUCUUGUUACUUAUAUGAUAACUUUAUUUUUCCUCUUACUGAUAGAUGUCCAGGUGCUUAGGUGUCGUUGGGCAUCCAUGCAGACUUAAAGCGAGGAAUAUUAACUUCCAGAUAAAAUUGUUCAACAUGUCAUAUACAAGCUGAGAUGAUACUUUCUAGGAACCUACAGGUUCACUCUCUGCUUUUUAUUUACCACCAGUGAGUGGUGUUCAGUCUUGUAUAUGCUGUGUUUGAAAACUGGAUGCAAAGUAGUCAAAAGGUAAACACUUUUUUCUUAAUGGUGAGGGGUUUUUAAUUAGUCUUUUUCAAAUUUCUUAUUAUCUCAAGGGAACUUUUUGGUGUGUGUGUGUGGUUUUAAUAGCUGUAGUUUUUAUUAAGCCCAGUGAAGUGGGUUUUUGCUAGUUUAUUUAACAUUUUUUUGCGAAUGUUGUGAUCUGUAGUAACUGUAACGCUUUGACUAUUAAGGUUUGUUAAAGAUUUCAGGAUUUUAAGAUCUUAAUUGUAAAAUAGUCAAUAGCUUUGCCCUUUUAAAGCAUGUUAAUGGUUUUUAUGGACACUUCCUUUUGUAUACUGAGUGAAUGUAUUGUUAUAGAUUUAAUGUUUAAUGGACCAAUAAAGUUUUUCUUACAUUUG